CUGCAGAUCAUCAGCAUUCUCCCGCACCAACCCCACCCAUCGCGAUGCGACCUUUACGCCCCACAUUCGGACGGAUACCUCUCUUCCGCCACUCCAUCCCGCACUCCAUCCCCCGCCCACGUCUCCCCCUCCUCUCCGCCCGCCCCACCCUCCCACCCCGCCGCCCCAUCUCCACCACCGACCUCCGCGCCCGCCUGCGCUCACGGUCAUUCUGGCGUGCGGUCCUGGGGAACUGGAAGCCGGCCUUAAAGAUCGCCGGCGUGGUGAACAUCUCCAUCCUGCUCCUGCAGGGCUUGGUUCACUUCGGGCUCCUCAUCGCCGCAGAGACGUCGCAGCCGACGCCGCCGUCAUGGCCGCUGCGCGCACGCUACUACCUCCUCAGGGCACGCAUGCCAAACGCAUGGAAUCCGCUCGUUGAAAGGAAGACGGAUGAGGAGAUGCAGAGGAUGUAUGAUCGCGCGCUUGAGGCGGUGGUGGGUGGGGGUGGGGAAGGGGCGGGCGGGGGGUGGGAGCUCGUCCUGCUGAGAAAGGAGCGCGGCGAGGCGCAGGAGAAAUUAAGGGAUUGGGAUAAGGCGGAAGCGGAGUACCGCGCUGCGUUGGAGGUGCCCGCGGACGCGCCGCGCCUCAAGGUCGAGGCGGCGAAUCGUCUGGCGCGGAUCCGGGAGUGGCGCGGGGAUGCGGUGGGUGCACUUGAGGCGCUGGAGCAGGCUGUGAGGAUCGCGGGGGGGCCGGCACUGCCCACCCCUGGUGAUAGGAGGAAUACCCCCGAGCUUAUGGGCGCCGUGGGGGAGAUGGCGGUGUUCCUGGCUAGGCAUGGGGAGAUCGGUAGGGCGCUGGAGAUGGCGACCGAUGUGCUCGUAAGGAGGAAGACGGCGGAGGCGGGCCGUGAGGUGAAAGAUCCGAAGAGGUAUACGGAGGCCGUGGGGGAUCCGUGUAGGGUCGCGGUUAGUGAGGCUACCGUCGGCGAACUGCUCUUUGCGAUCGGAAAGCGCGAUGAGGGACUGCGCUGGAGCGAGGGCGCGUUCCAUAAGGCGUGGGAGCUGGUCGAUUACAGGCUCGCGUGCAAGGAGUGCGCUGGGAUUGCGGCGGCGAAUCUGGUGCAGAUGGGGAAGAUACUCGAGGAGGAGGCGCUGCUGAUGGAGGAGGGAAAGAAGGGCUGGUGGGGCGGGAACGGCAGGACUGAGAAGGAGGAGAAGCUUAGGGAGGCCCAGAGGAUUAGGGGCGAGUAUGAGAUCAGGAAAAUGGAGGUUGAGGCCGUUAAGGCCGUCAAGGACUCGGAUGUGGCGCAGAGGGCGUAGUGUAUAUACAUCGUAACAAGUCGCAUCUUUGAGAAUCCACUGUUCCU